CACACCCCAAACAGUACAACAAAAAGGACAAAGAAUUGGCAGCUGUUUAGUGUCACAGAAACAAACUCCAUUGCCCCUUUUCCAUACAAUCUCCACCUCUCCACAUUCCAUUUACACUCUUCUUCUUCUCUAUCUUUCUUGAAUAUAUUCCCCAUUUUACCCCCCAAUCUUCACGAGCGUCGGCAGAUUUUCUGACCCACAUACCUAAAGCUGUUUGUUUUGUUUUUUUUAAUCAAGAUUUCACUUUUAUCUUCAAUUAUUUUUUCAUGGUUGAAGAAUUCAAGAAACCCCACUUCACCUGAGUACACCAAAAAGCUCGGGGAAUCAUGGAUAAUGUGAAGAUGAAUUUGUUUUGCUUAUCUUUGCUGUUUAUGGCGUCACUGUUCUGUGAUACUGUUGCUGCAGAAGCUAAACAGGGCAUGUCUAUUUCUGCACAAAAAUUUGAGGUUCAAAAGCAUUUGAAUCGAUUAAACAAACCUGCAGUCAACUCCAUCAAGAGCCCAGAUGGUGAUAUCAUCGAUUGUGUUCAUAUAUCUCACCAACCAGCUUUUGAUCAUCCUUUACUUAAAAAUCAUACUGUACAGAUGAUGCCAAAUUAUCAUCCAGAAGAGCUAUUUCGUAAUGGAAAAAUGUCAACUAAAGCAAAGAACAAGAAUGAAGGGUCAAAAUCAAUUAAUCAACUAUGGCAUUUGAAUGGGAAAUGUCCAGAAGGAACAAUUCCAAUUAGAAGAACAAAAAAAGAUGAUAUUUUAAGAGCAGGUACUAUGAAAAGCUAUGGUAGGAAGACAAAUAUUUCUACCAUUCCUAAACCAGAAUCUGGUAGACCUGGCCUUGUCAGCCAAACUGGUCAUCAGCAUGCAAUAGCUUAUGUUGAAGGAGACAAGUAUUAUGGUGCAAAAGCAACCAUAAAUGUUUGGGAACCUAAUAUUCAGCAACCCAAUGAGUUUAGUUUGUCUCAGAUUUGGCUUCUUGCUGGUUCUUUUGAUUCAGAUCUUAAUAGUAUUGAAGCUGGAUGGCAGGUUAGUCCAGAUUUGUAUGGAGAUAACAAUGCAAGACUUUUUACCUACUGGACUAGUGAUGCUUAUCAAGCCACAGGCUGCUACAACUUGCUAUGCUCAGGGUUUAUUCAAAUCAAUAAUGAAAUAGCAAUGGGGGCCACCAUUUCCCCUCUUUCCAGCUAUCAUGGUUCACAAUAUGAUAUAAGCAUUCUUGUCUGGAAGGACCCAAAAGAGGGAAACUGGUGGAUGCAAUUUGGGAAUGACUAUGUACUGGGAUAUUGGCCAGGCUCUUUAUUUUCAUACUUAACAGACAGUGCUUCAAUGAUUGAAUGGGGUGGGGAGGUGGUGAAUUCAGAAUCUGAUGGUCUUCACACCACAACUCAAAUGGGGAGUGGCCAUUUCCCUGGUGAAGGCUUUGGGAAAUCUAGCUAUUUCAGGAAUAUACAGGUAGUUGAUGAUUCAAAUAACUUGAGAGUUCCUCAAGACCUUGGGACUUACACUGAGGAUAACAAUUGCUAUGAUAUUCAGCUAGGGAAGAAUAAUGACUGGGGGAACUACUUUUAUUUUGGUGGACCUGGUAGAAAUCCUAAUUGUCCAUGACCAAGAUUCGACGAGUAUUUUAAUCUUUCUUUUUUGGGUCAUUUUAAUGUAGUAAAACUUGUAAUCUUGACAUGAGUUCUUGUAUGGUCAUUGUUUUACUCUUUGUAAAACAUUUGUUUUAGGGGGCUAUAGGUUAGUUGCAGCAAAAUGUGUAUGCAUCUUUGUUCUUUAAUUGUAUGAAAAGCUUUUCCCCUUUCUUUCUGUCUCCAAAAUGGAGGGUGAAAUUUAUAUGUAAACUUGUUACUGUUUGUUUGUUCCUGUCUUAGGAGCCAUAUACUCAUCAAUGGAGGAGAUUCAUAUAUUGUUGUAA